AACAAAGAAGAAAGAAAGACCGACUGGUGAAAGUUGAAACUCUGUCUCUCUCUUUCAGUCUCAUCUCAAUGGACCUUUCUCUUCAGCGAUUUCAACCUGUUCAUUCCUCUUCUUCUUCACUCCCUCCCCCUAGGGUUAGGGUUAGGGUUUCAAUUUCCCUCCACAAUUUUUCUCUCACUCUUCCUCCUCCUUUCUCUCUCUAGAAUGGCAGACACUACGACAAGCACAGCUCCUUCUUCUUCUUCUGCUUCUACUUCUACUUCUUCGUCGGCGCCUGCGAUCAGUAGGGACACCUCCGGCAAUGCGGCGUCGUCUUCGAACUCGUCGCAACUUCGCGAAAACGAAGACCAAACUCAAACUCAAAAUGAGCAUCAACACCGGUUUCGAGGCCAUGAGAUAGAGCGCCAACAAGUCGGCCAUGUUCCUUAUCAUCGUGGAGAUCUAUCGGGUUUCGAUGACUCAUCAACGGUCAUCAGAGACGACACGUGGUCCUGCGUCAUCGUCCUCCUCACCUUCUGGUUCUUCGUAUCGAUGACUUUGAUAUUGGGAGUCUAUGGCUCGGUGAAUUUACUGCUUGGACCUAAUUGUUCACUUCUUUUGGAACCUAACCCAAUUUUUGUGCAGUAUAUAAAGGUGGAAGAGCUAAACGAUUCAGGCCCCGGUCCAGUGUUAUAUGGGUUUUAUAAAGCUCCGGUUCUUGAUACUGUUACCACUUGGUCCGAAACACGUAAUACCACGGUUCAGGUUGAUUCUCAUGAGGAGUGGGCAUAUUUGCUAAAUGCGGGGUCUCGGAUAAAUAUUUCAUAUAGUGUGGUCUCCCCAGGGUCCUCUGUUUUUCUCAUAAUUGCUGAAGGGAAUGAUGGCCUUUCUCAGUGGCUUGAGGAUCCUACAUACCCUAAUACCACCUUAUCCUGGAACCUUAUUUCUGGAAGUGGCAUGAUUACACAGGACAUAUAUGUGUCUUCUAGUUAUUAUGUUGCAGUAGGAAACUUAAACACAGAAGAAGUGGAGGUGCACUUAAGCCUCAGAGUGAAGGCUUAUUUGUAUAAUACUACAGAAGCUUAUUACAAGUGUACUUUUGCUGAUGGGAUGUGUGGUUUAAACGUUUUGUUUCCCAAUGGGAAUGCUGCUGUCCUAACCUCUCCUAGUGCAGAACAGGGUAAAACCAGUGAUGAGUUGUACGUCAGAUUGUCCUAUGGACCAAGAUGGGCCACAUAUAUUGUUGGCAUAGGUGGAAUGACUGUGCUCAUGUUAUUCGCCUUUAACUACUUAAACAAGUUCCAAUGUGUCCGUGAAGAGGGAAGGUAUGUCCCUUACGGGGAUAUAGGAUCUGAGAGGGCCCCUCUGCUUUCAUUCAAGGAUGAUGAUCUCUCAAGUUGGGGUUCAUCUUAUGAUUCCGUUUCACAUGAUGAGGAUGAUAUUGAAGACUUUCUAGCAUUGGCUUCCCUAGAAGGGAAGUCCCAAGGGGAUGGUGAAAACACUAACAAUACCCGGCGUCUUUGUGCAAUUUGCUUUGAUGCUCCUAGAGACUGCUUUUUCCUUCCAUGCGGGCACUGUGUGGCUUGUUUUGAAUGUGCAACUAGGAUAGCGGAGGCGGCUGGUACUUGCCCAGUCUGUCGUAGGACCAUGAAGAAGGUGAGAAAGAUUUUUACAGUUUAAGCGACAUAAUUUCUUGUUAAAGUGGGCAAAGCCAAGUUGAAUAAUAUGCAACGUGGAUUAGUUGUCUACACCAAUGCUUUCCUGCCAAUCAAUAGCAUUCAUUGAGUAAAUUUGUAGCCGGAUCAUCAGGUAUUGUUUGAAAGUGGAAUGACCAUAUCUUGUGUUUUUUUUCCAGUGGACUUUCCACAGUAUAAAACAAUUUCUGGGUAUAGGAAUGUGAGAAUACACACGUAAUAUUCAAUGUAAUGGAAAUGUUUUUAUUCA